CUCGUUUUCCCUCGUCACGCUGCCCAACGACCAAGGACUCCCACCAGAACAAAGGAUCUUCCCACUCCCUAUCCGUGCCCUCUCGCCAUGCGCUACCGCACGCUUGAAAUCCGGUGGCACGACUCGAAGCCCAUCUCGUCCUGCGACUUCCAGCCUGUGGGAUUCAAGAAGGCGCGUCCCCACCUCGGCACAAGCGCGUCGCAGGCCACGCCCACGCUCGCCGCCGGGCCCAUGCAGGAGAGGGAGAAAGACCGGGACAGGGACGCCGAGCUGCGCACGGCGUACGCGAGCCAGGCGUACCGUCUCGCGACCGCGGGCGAGGACAACCACGUCCGCAUAUGGAUGGUGCACCCGAACCUCUGUGCCACAGCCGCAUCCACCUCCCCCACCAGCGAUGGGAGAAAUACGAUGGGGGAUGGUGAAGGGGAGAAGGAGCGCGCGCCGAGGAUCGAGUACCUCGCGACGCUGAGCCGACACUCAGCCGCUGUGAACGUGGUGCGGUUUUCCCCCAAUGGUGACCUGCUCGCGUCUGCUGGGGACGACGGGAUGAUCAUCGUCUGGGCGCCCUCUGCGUCGCCACCCGCAUCUGCAUUCUCGUCCUCCGCAUCUUCAUCCUCAUCCACGGCAUUCUCGAACCCUGACUUCUCCACAGAAGACCUCCAGCAUGAGAAGGAGUGGUGGAAGCCGCGCACGACGUUCCGGUGCUCGACCAUGCAAGUAUACGACCUGGCAUGGAGUCCUACCGGAGACUACCUGCUCGCGGGCAGUACAGACAAUGUAGCACGCGUGUUCGCUGCGGCAGAUGGCAAAUGUGUAUGUGAAAUCGCCGAACACUCACACUACGUACAGGGCGUUGCUUGGGACCCGAUGAACGAAUAUAUCGCGACUCAGUCGUCGGACAGGUCGAUGCAUGUGUACAAGAUCUCGACAGCCAAGGGCACAUUCGAAGCACAUUCGAUUGGGCGAAACACACGCUUCCCAGUCGCUCCCGUGAGAGGCCGGACCCACAGUCGCACACCGUCAAUGCAGGAGAGUGUCCCGUUGCCCAGAAGUCAGUCCAUCGACAGCGAGCGGGAGAGCGUGGUUUUGCCGCCAACUCCAGCAUCGUUGCAUGCUAGUAACAGUUUCCCCGACAAGGCAAGCUCAAGCAUGUUCCCACCGUCGACAAGCCGGCGGUCCUCGUUCAGCGGAAGCAAUGCCCCCAGCUCACCCAGCAUCUCGGUCUCUCGAUACGGCCGCAGUCCCUCACCAAUGCCUGCACUUCCAGCCAUCCGCACGCCUCCGAGUGUUGGUCGGGGCCGUUACGACGAAGCCAGUCGAGAACGGAGUGCUGUCCGAGGCGACGGCUGGGCCGCCGAUGACUGGGCGGCUGAAAAGGACACCCGAUACGACGCCCGGCGAAUGACAGAUGGCGCCCGGAUGUACGGAGACGAAGGCUACAGCAACUUCUUCCGACGCCUGGCGUUCAGUCCGGAUGGCGGACUUCUGCUGACGCCGGCGGGAACGUUUGAGGAUCCGGGCUUCCUGGCUGAUGAGAGAGGCAGGAAAGAGACCCACGCUGCUCCAGAAGCGGGUGCGAAUUCGACUGUUUAUAUAUACACGCGCGCCAACUUUGCGCGACCCCCUGUUGCUCAGCUACCGGGACACCGAAAGGCCAGCGUCGCCGUCCGAUUCAACCCUAUUCUUUUUGACCUGCGGACGGAUGUGGGGUCGACGAGAGAGGCGAAGCUUGGCACAGGAACUGCGACUGGGGAGGCCCACGAUCGACAAAGCGAGUGCAAGAUGGAUGUGGACAUUCUUCCAUCCAGUGCUCCCGAGGCGACGCCAACUGAUCUUCGACCACCGACACCUGCUGCCUCGAGGGCAUCUACACCGGGACCAUCUGCUGGCAGUAUCAAGCCCGGAGCUGUGUUUGCGCUUCCAUAUCGGAUGUUGUAUGCUGUUGUGACGAUGGACACGGUCGCGAUCUACGAUACUCAGCAGACUGGUCCCGUCUGCUUGCUGUCGAAGCUGCACUAUGACGAGUUGACGGAUCUGACGUGGUCGCCCGAUGGCCAAUGCUUGAUGCUCUCUUCCCGAGACGGAUACUGCACAAUGAUCACCUUCGACGAGAUUCUGCCAGCCCAUCACACGCAGCAGUCGUCCCUGCAGCUGCAGCAGAUCGCUGCGCAGCAUAGUGUGCCGAUCCUGUCCAGUAUCGGGACGCCCUCGACCAGGAAGCGACCGCUAGAGUUGCCAAUACUGGCGGAGGAGUCCUCCAGCGUGGCUGCGAUGACUCCGUCCACGAGUAUGGCGUCGCUGGUGUCAGACCGGGAGACGGAUACGGAGGAUGCGCCACAGGGUGAUGCUCCCCCGAAGAAGAAACGGCGCGUCGCAUUGACUCGGGUGGGCGAUCUGUGAGUGCCAGUAUUCGAACGAUGGCUGUCUUGUAUUGCUCUCUUAUCUUUUGUACAACGUACCGUGGUUUCAUACUCUUAUAUCGUCCUAUUUCGGUUAUGCCAAUUGUUGUGUGUCCUAUUCGAGAGUGCUUCUGGCCGCAAUCAUUGGCCGCGUGACUGACCCUUUCACCAUGUCAGUUGCAAUAACAGUGCAGAAUCAAUCAUGCCUGACGAGUCGACUGAGGAGCAUCCCCACGCACUCGACGAGUAGCUGGGACUUUCACGAAACGUGAUAUAGGGGUCCAUUCGAAAACAUUCAUGGUCAAGAACGAUCGAUUCAAGCUCUAACGGCAGGACAACACGAACGGAG